AUUAACACCUAUGUGUGUGUGUGUUUGGGUUUAGAGGAAGUGUUAGGGAACCCUUGGCUUCUAAAGUCAGAUGCACCCCCCUUUCCCCCAGAUCCAGAGAUUGUUGUUUCUACACACCUUUGUGGGCAAGCUGGAGCACAAACUGGGAACCGGGAGAGACAAAGAGGCAGAUCAAAGACGAGACUGAUGUUUUGACAGAAGUGCACAUACACACCUCUGUCCUCUUUGAAGUUACAGAAAGGUAGCAUCCUAAAGCAUAGUCUUGCUACAAACCUCUGGACAAGUCACUUUAGUUUGUUGCUCCAGUCUCAUGGUCAUGUAUCUUCCAGAGGAACGGCCUGUGCUGGACUUACCUUACCAAAUUAAUUAUUUAGCUAAUAACUAUGGAUAUUAUGCACAAGACUGUAAGGAACCCCUUGUCCGCACUCAACAUGGCCUCAAUAACAGGAUGAACAGUCCUGAAGCUGAACUGACCUCACUGCCAGUGCAUGUAUCCCUGCAAGAUCGAGAGCUUUGGGACAAAUUCAGCAGUAUUGGCACUGAGAUGCUGAUUACUAAAUCUGGAAGGCGGAUGUUUCCCAGCUGCAAACUAACAGUGACAGGACUAAAUCCAAAAGUCAAGUAUGUGCUGAUAAUGGACAUGGUGCCUUUUGAUAACCACAAGUACAAGUGGAAUAAGGAGCACUGGGAAGUGAAUGGUUCGACUGAUCCACACCUGCCCAAUCGGUUCUUCAUCCAUCCAGACUCUCCUGCACCUGGAGAGAAAUGGAUGCAGUAUCCAAUCUCCUUUCACAAGCUCAAACUGACCAACAACACCCUCAUCUCUAAUGGACUGGUGGUUCUCCACUCCAUGCACAAAUAUCAGCCCCGUCUACACAUUGUCCAAUCUCCAGAUGCCUGUAACCCUCACAACUCUGGCGGUUACCUGCGCUUCACCUUCCCUGAAGCUGCUUUUAUAGCUGUCACAGCCUACCAGAACCAAGAGAUCACAAAACUCAAGAUUGACAACAACCCCUUUGCUAAAGGCUUUCGUGACAAUGGGCUGAACAGGAAAAGGUUUAGAGAAAAAGAUAGCCAAGAGAUCCAGGAUUCCACUGGAAAGGCCAAACAGGAUUUGACAUCAAACAACCAUGUCAAACAGCCACAUAAGGACGAGGAUGUGGAUGUGACCGUGUCCAGCUCUGUUGACAGCAGCAGAACACUGAGUUCUUCUUCUGUCACCCCCAACCCUUUCAUAUCAGCCUUCAUAAACCCCAGCACUGCUGGAGCACCUCCACCCCAUCAGACCCACAGCAUUCUCAGCCUCAAUAACAGACCCCUGAACAGUCCCAGAGAAGCCAGACCCUCCAGCCUCCACAGUCUGGCCCAGAGCUUCUGUAUCCAGUCCUCCACAGGAGACACCGACCUCAGCAGACUGCCAUCUCAGAUCAGCAGCCCUCUAAACCCUCAGCAGCACCAUCACCAGCACAGCAGCCCAGGCAGAUCCAUCAUCCAGCUCCAGCCUUAUUUUCAGACCCCUCCACAUCCCUCACGACAAUGUCCUGACAUGGAGCUGCCCCUCCCUCUUCCUCCCAAACUGAGCCGGAUGCAACUCCCAGAAAGUGCUCUGAGGAACCCGGAGAUGACCUCAGUCUUUGACUAUGCUAAUCUGAGGCCCCUCACUGACAUCCUCAACAGGAUCCAUUUUCGAGCAUUAGCCUCAGGACCAUCGGGGAAGGUCCUGCCAAAUCCCCCCCAACCAGAGCAGUACCUCCGUGGCUCAGAACGAGAGCUGCGUCCGCAGAUAUAUCCAGCGUUUCAGGAACACAUCGAUCAGCAGUUCACAUUAAACGGCAUGCGGAGCAGCCAGACUGAACACAGAUCACAGAUGGACUACGUCAGUGCCAGAUAUUCACUAACUGAAUAUCACUGUGAACAGCAGACUGGGAAAUGACGUUUUUCAGACACCAUUGAAUUAUGACUCAUUUCCAGCAGUGGUCUGCAUUAGUGGUUUACAAAGCAGAGUUGAACACUAAGGGCUUCCCAACUAAAGAAUGUAAAUAUUUUCAGCGGGAUAUGAGGUUGUUAGUUGUCACUACUGUCCAUAUUUAUGUUUAGUCGGAUACUGUCUAUCUGAACUUUAAACUGCUUAACAUCUAAAGUCAACAUGAAACCAGACUUCAAGUAAUUCUGCAGACCACACUUUUGCUGUUUCCAUUUUAAUUUCUGACCCUGUGUUUUUUUAUA